UAAUUUUAAUGUCAACUCAAUCAUCACUUGAAAUCCAAACAAAUUACUGUAUUUUGAAACUAUUGAUGAUUUUAUUAAUAAUUGAUUGUUUAUUAUAACGUUAUGGUAAUGAGUGACGAAAGAAUCACAUCCAGAGGGUGGCCGAUUGGCACUGAGGUUGUGGCCCGAUAUCGGUUCAGUGGUAAAGCUGAUGAAGAUCUGUCCUUUGAAAAGGGAGACAUUCUGACGAUUACAAACCAGACAAGAGACCCGAACUGGUACAGAGCCAGACAUGUCAAUGGUAAGGAAGGACUGAUUCCCGCAAAUUAUAUACAAAAAAGAUCUGAAGUCAAGUUGAAUGCAAUGCAUUGGUUUCACGGAAAGAUCACAAGAGAAGAGGCUGAGACACUACUUCAGCCGCGAGAAGACGGACUAUUUCUGGUCAGAGAAAGUACUAACUUUCCCGGAGAUUAUACACUAUGUGUUUGUUAUAACAAUCGGGUUGAACACUAUAGAGUCAUUUAUAAAGAUAAUAAGUUAACCAUUGAUGAAGAAGAGUACUUUGAAAAUCUGUCGCAACUCGUAGAUCAUUAUAUCGCCGACGCGGAUGGUUUAUGUACAACGCUUCGGGUGUCAGUUCCAAAAAAUGGAAAUUUUGAGUUUUCUGUGGACUCGAAAGCGUUUGAAGCCGCCGGUUGGGUCAUCAAAAUGCAUGACUUAAAACUCGGAGAGAUUCUUGGAAAAGGAGAGUUCGGUGACGUAUUAUUGGGAUCAUUGAGAGGACAGAAAGUCGCUGUCAAGAAAUUAAAGGAUUCGAGUAAAGCCGCACAAGAUUUUCUAACUGAAGCCAGUCUUAUGACAUCAUUGAGGCAUAAAAAUUUAGUCCAACUUUUGGGUGUUGUGUUUGAUGGACCAUCCAUUUGUUUGGUCACUGAAUUUAUGGCCAAAGGUUCACUCGUUGAUUAUCUGAGGUCUAGAGGCCGACAUCACGUCACCAAAAAAGAUCAAAUAAACUUUGCCACUGAUACUUGUGCCGGAAUGAGUUAUUUAGAGUCAAAACAUGUGGUGCACAGAGAUUUGGCUGCAAGGAAUGUCCUCAUUUCUGAAGACUGUAUCGCAAAAGUUUGUGAUUUUGGUUUAGCUAGAGAUGAGACAUUCAAUCUGGAAGGCGGAAAGUUUCCCAUCAAAUGGACGGCACCCGAGGCUCUUCGGCACAACAAAUUUUCAAACAAAUCCGAUAUGUGGAGUUUUGGUAUAUUAUUGUGGGAAAUAUAUUCAUUUGGAAGAGUACCCUAUCCUAGAAUUCCAUUGGCUGAUGUUGUAAAGCACGUGGAAAAAGGUUAUCGAAUGGAAGCGCCUGAAGGCUGUCCGGUAGAGAUUUAUGAGAUAAUGAAACAUUCGUGGGAUUUGGAUCCCGAUAAGAGACCAACAUUUGCCACUGUGUUUAAAAAAUUGGAUCAUUUAAAAACACUAACCGUUUAGAAUAUAUAAUAUUUGAUGUUUUAUUUUGGGUAUAUAUUGUAAAAAAAUUAAUGAAUUGUAAGAUUUGGAAAAUAAUUUUUGAAUAGCCGUUUUAAGUCAUAUAAGUUAUAUAUAUUUGUAUAGUAAUUUUAAUUUAUUAUUUAAUUUGGUAUCAUUUAAUGUAAAACACACACACAUUAUGAAGUGUUCCCCAAGUAUUAUCAAAGUUUGUUGGCUAGAAAUGUAUUGGCCAUAAAAAAUACACCUCUCAUAUCCAUUAUUAAUUAGUCAUCCAUUUUUUAAAAAUGGGGUUUUUUGAGUUAUUUCCAAUUUAUAAUACAGCACCGGUAGAUUUGUUGAGACGGAAAGAUACUGUAUAGAUGUUAGAGCUGAUGUUUUUUUUUUUUUUAAUAGAAACAAAUUAAUACUAAUAUAUUAAUGGUUUUUAAAAGUAUUAAUUGUAGGUUUUUUGUUGACUAUAUUAUAUGACAUUUGUGAUUUUUGUGCCUUAAUUUUACACAAACAAACAUUUUUCAAAUUCAUUCCCUAUUUUUGAGAUGAUAUCUAUAUUUUUUGUUUUAAUUUGUGUCAUUAUUUAAUAUAUGAAUUUUUUUAGUA